GCAGCGGGAGGUGGAGGAGCUGCGCUCGGAGAACGAAUACCUCAAGGAUGAGCUGGAUGAACUGCGGGCUGAAAUGGAAGAAAUGCGCGAUAGUUAUUUGGAGGAAGAUGUUUACCAGCUGCAGGAGCUCCGGCGAGAGCUGGACCGGGCAAACAAGAAUUGCCGCAUUCUGCAAUAUCGUCUCAGGAAAGCAGAACAGAAAAGCCUGAAAGUUGCACAAACAGGCCAUGUGGAUGGAGAGCUCAUUAGGAGCUUGGAACAAGAUUUAAAGGUAGCCAAAGAUGUUUCUGUCAGACUGCACCAUGAGCUGGAGAGUGUGGAGGAGAAACGUGUUAAAGCAGAAGAUGAGAAUGAAGUCCUGCGGCAGCAAAUCAUCGAGGUGGAGGUAUCCAAGCAGACACUGCAAAAUGAGCUGGACAAGCUAAAAGAGGGAACGUGUGGAUGUCUCUCUCAGUCUGAUGUGCAUAACCUUACUUGAAAACAGGCUCAUUGAAGAUGAGAAGCUUCCCAGCCCCAAAUUCCCAGUAGAAGAUACUGUACAUCUGAAUUGGCCGUGGACUGAAAGUCCAGGUUCAUCAUCUUCCUCCAUCUGAGUUACUGGAAAUCCUCAUUCAAAUGUCAAAAGGCUGUCCCUGUAAUGUGUUCCGGCAACAGAUUUUUUUAUUCUCAGUACAGCUUCCAGACAUAUCUGGCUUCACUCGGUUGAAGCUACUCAUCUCCUCGGGAACUUUAAUUAAAAAUAGUACAUCCUAGUAAUUCAGUUGCUUGUAUAAUUUUUCUCUGGUAAAAUAAAUUAAAUUUAACUAGGCUGUAUCAUUUAGCU